AUGCCCUGGCAAUGUAGUAUCUGCGGUGAGUUCACUGCAGAUACUAGGGAAAGACUUGUAAAUCACAUUGGCAGGUGUCAUGGAAAUGACCCCAAUUUUCAUAUAGUGUGUGGUCUCGAUGGUUGCACGACAUCAUUUAAAAAGUAUUUUUCGUGGAGAAAACAUCUUACACGAAAUCAUGCCGAACAAUCCAGUCAACCCGAGCCCGAAGGCAAUGAAGAUGCUUUGAAUCAAGACCAAAAUCGACACAUAAACCGAGAUGAACUUAAUACCGAAGACAAUGCAAGAUCGGCUGCAUUAUAUAUAUUAAAGAUACAAGAACAGUGCUCGCUGACACAUUCAGCGGUUGAAAAAAUAAUUGCGAAUACCACGGGUAUUGUACGGCAGGCGAUAUCCACAGUGGAAAUGCAAGUUGAAAGUUGCCUCAGGGAAUCUAAUAUUGAUCAACAAACUAUCGCGAAGCUCAAAGAAAUUUUUGGAGAAGACAAUGUUGCAACCAAUCCAUUUCACAACUUAGAAACCACAACGCAACAGCUUGCCUACUUUAAGACUGAGUUUCAAUUGAAGGUAAGAUACUAGAUAAGUAUAAUAUUAAUAAUAUUAUUAAUGAGGGAUGUAUUAAACCUGUUCUUUUGGUUUUUGUAACAAGUCAGGGUGGCUUGAUACUGGCAUUGUUAAAGUUUGUAAAUAGUAAAUUCUGUUGACUGCGCUUGUUUACUGGUCCACUUUGUACUAUUUUGCUGAGCCUGUUAUUAGGGACGGACCAUUAGAAAAGUGAUGGGGGGGGGGGAACAAAACAAAAAAUUAUUCCCAGAAAAAAAUUAAGAAAAAAUAAAAUCUUUCCAGGCAGUGCAAAAAAAAAAAAUCCUUGCUUAGAAGAUGGGCCAAGUGGUGUACUGGAGGGAGGGCUCAGGGGGGCUGAGCCCCCUUGUUGUAAUUUCAUGUAGACUUGGGGGCUGCACGUUGGUCAAAUUUAGCAAAAUUUCUCCCACUUGUGUGGGUUCGUAUUGACAGCGGACAUCUUACAGAAAGUGGCUAGUUCUCUGAAAAAUGUUCAGUAAACGAGAAUGUUCUUUAGAAUUGCAUCUCAUUUUCACGCAUCAUUUAACACAAUAAUGAUUUUUGUAAUCUUUAUAUCGCCAUUUUUGUAAUCUUUAUAUCAUUUAGUACCACUAAAUUGUAAAUUUCGACAUACUAAAAUAAAACGCUGUUUUCUGACCAUCAGAAUUCUGUCAAAUCUUCCCCAAAGUCCAGGAAAUGGCAUUUCAGAGACUCUAAAUUUAAAAAUUUCCUUCGGCUUGUUUUUAAUAAGAAUAACGUCAAAUGUUUGUCCCAGAAUUACUAGAAUAAACCCCAACCAAAUUUAGAAUUUCCAAAAUAUCUUAUUGUACCUCCCCUCCCCUCCCGCCAAUUCAGGGCACUUUGGAGAGUUCCCCUUGUUAACAUUCCAGGACUACACCACUAAUAGGCCUAUAAAUUUCACUUAAAGGGGCCCUACAGUCAUUUUUUAGUCGAAAGCCACCUUAAGUAGGGAACUCCACGGAGAUUCGUUUGGCUGUGUCUUACAUGCAGUAUCCAUGAGUAUGAGUACUUUUGCACACCAGAAAACGCAUGCAUACUGUGGUGCGCAUGUCAAGUAGCGACAAUAACAAAAAAAUGUAAACAAUACUUACUUGACUAAAAAUUACUGUAGGGCCCCUUUAAAAAAAAAUAUUUCCAACCAUCAAGUGAGAAAAAAAAAAUUUCUUCUAUAGGUGUACAAAAAAAAUAUUGCCUCUUAGAAAAUCCCCCCCCCCCCCAUCACUUUUCUAAUGGUCCGUCCCUUACAAAGUGCAAACCUCAUCAAGAUUUGAACCGUUUUAAAGUUGAUGGGGAGUUGAUGAGAGUUGGCAGUCAAACACUAGCAAGAGUUGCAACUCUCGAUCACCAACUCUCAUCCUCGUCUGACCAAACUUUAUGUGUUUGGGGGAGGGAUGAUAAAUACAACCUCUGUUUCUCAAGGUCGUCCUAUUAAUUGGACACUUUAAUAUUGAUUUUCAAUAAUUGCUACAUGCAGCUUCAUGAAUGCACCCAGUUAUUUAUAAGUAGGCUGUAUAUCUACAGAUACUUGUACUGCAAAACUGGUUAGGGGUGGGUAAUUUUAAGGGUUAUAUAAGCAUUAUGUUGCAACUAUACUGCAUAUUAAUGUGCUUACAGGAACCAAAGAGAAUCAUUCUUGGGCAAACAGAGGUGUUCCGAAGAAAAAAUGGUAUUAUACGUCAAGUACAAUCAAAUGAUGAAGCACAUUACAUACCAUUGCUUGAAAGCCUCAAAAAUCUAUUGAGUGAUGAAUUCAUUCUUAAUGAGGUAGUUGAAAACAAUUAAAAGACAUUGGGUCGUUCCAGAAAAGAUCCAUACUUCCCCCACGGAGGAAAUUUCUGCCGUCUGGAGGGGGAGGGGAGAAAAAAUUGUUUCUGAGAAUAGUAAAUGUAUUAAUUAGGACAUCCGAAGGGGGUAGGGGGAUUAACUUCCUAUAUCCUCCAUGGGGGUGGUAUGCAUGUUUUCUGGAAUGACCCGUUGCGCUAAAGUAUACUGUAGUAAAGUAUUCAUUUGGUAUUUUUGUGUUGCUUUCAUAAAAGUAGCUGCAAAAUGCUAAUUUGUAGUGAACUCAUAUACUUAAACUUAGUUGGUAACCUUUAUGACCUGAUGUACUUUGUAUAUUAUAUGUAUAUUAUUAUUGUAUAUAGCAAGACGUAGAAAAUUCGAUCAUAUUACCCCUGUUAUGAAAGAGCUACACUGGCUUCCCGUUAGCCAAUGUAUGAUUUACAACAUACUUCUCAUCACUUACAAGGCUAUAAACGGUCUCGCACCAAGUUAUAUUGGGGAUAUGCUACAGCAGCUCAAAUCAACAAUGAAUCUACUUUCAUUGAUGAAAGGAUUUCUCUCAGUACCACCCAUAAAGUUGGUCAACUAUGGUCAAAGAUCAUUUUCAUAUGCCGCGCCAAAACUAUGGAAUGAACUUCCAGAUUCAGUAUGCCAUAGUGGAUCCAUAUCUACUUUUAAAACAAAAUUGAAGACAUAUUUAUUUAGAAAUUUCUAUAAGUAAUUGAACACUGCACAAGUCUGUAGUUUUGCCAAUUUUAAAUAUUAUUAGUUGCAUCUAACUAUUUAACUUUUUUAUCUAAUUGACUUUUUUACUCUUAUAUGGUAAAGGUAAAUAUACAAAAUUUUAAAAGGAUUGUUGUAAAUAGUGCUAAAAUUUUAAAAUUUUCUAAAUAUUGUAAAGCGCCAUUGAGCUGUGGGAAAUGGCACUAUAGAAAUACAUGUUAUUAUUAUUAUUAUUCAAGAUUGAGAGUCCUCACAUAAGCACAGAUGGAUUAAUUAAAGAUUAUUGUGAUGGUGAAAACUACAAGACACAUCCUCUCUUUUCAUUGAAACCGACAGCCUUGCAGAUUAUGCUUUAUUAUGAUGACUUGGAGACAUGUAAUGUUCUUGGAUCCAGAGUAAAUAAACACAAACUAGGUACUGUAAUCUUUCUAUCUAUCUAGUAAGUAUCUUUGUCCGUCUGUCUGUCUAAUUUCUAUUUUUACAUUUGUCUGCUUAUAGUUAUUAAAAUCAGGCACCCUUGCACAUUAGAAAAAUAACUGUUUGAAAAUAGUUUACUUUUGUACAGAGUGUAUGAAAAAGUACAAACUUUUUCAUACACCCUGCAUAAAUUAUGCUUUGUACACUACAUAAUAAAAUACUGUUGUAUAAUUUUGAGCUACUGUGUAAUAUUUCAGGAGCAUUUUACUACACAUUGGGCAACGUCCGGCCAUUAUACAGAUCAUCUUUAAAGUCAAUCCAGCUCCUCUGUUUAUGCAAGACUUUGUACAUCAAGAAGUAUGGGAUUGAUGCAGUUCUGCAGUAAGAAAACUUGAACAGGUGAUUAUGUAAUGUAGUGUUUCCAGUCUUGCUAACAUAUGCAAGCUUGCAAUUAAGAUUAUAAUUGCAUGGGAAUAUCUGGAAUAGAUUUCCAAGAUCAUGACAAUUUUGCCAUUAUAUGAUAUACUGUCAAUGACAUUAAUUAAAGGUCCUCCUCAGGAUGAAUGAUAAUUUUAUAAAUAUGACCAUUCCAAUUAAGGUCAUUCAGGUAAUAAUGUUUAAGUGCCCUCUAUAUACAGCUGUGAAUCUUUUUGAUUAUUAUAUUGCAUAUUAAUUAUUCCACAUGAAUAAGAUAUGAAUAAGAUAUGUUUAUAAUUAUACUUCUUUUUGUGUCUAGGACACAGGCCAUUCUCUUGUUGUGAAUGGACAGCAGAGAACCAUUCAUGGAAGUAUAGCCUAUACAUCAGCUGAUAACCUUGGUGCACAAGCCUUGGGUGGGUUCAAAGAGAGCUGUAGUGCUCACCGGCCAUGUCGAUACUGCCUUGGCACUCUGGAUGAAAUGAAGUCUAAGGUAUAAACUGUACGAAAGGCUAAUGAUGCUGAUAACUUUAUUUGUAGGAUGUCCACCAAUGAUAAAAUCUAAAGUAUAUACUAUGCCAAAAUUUUUCUAUAUACAUGUUGUCAAAGUUCUCUGUUCACUUUUACGCUCUCUAUUGGUAUGUGCAUCAAUACAGUGGCGUAGCCAGACCUUCAUUUUUAUUUAUUUAUUUUUUUUUGGGGGGGGGGGUGAAGCGAACGUGUGAGACAUCUACGGGGUCCAGGGGCAUGAACCCCCGGGAAAAUUUUGGGAUCUAGAAUUCCUGAAAAUAUAUGCGAUUUCAAGCAUUUUGGGGGUGAAAUCUUGCAGAAUUCCGAAGAUUAUAAAGUACAUCGAAGACAUAAAGUUUCCCAGACAUUUCCAAUUUUCUACUCGGAAUUAAAUAAAUUGGAAAAGUCGCCUUGAAAAACAGGAGGAGCCGGUCAGCGUCACCUUAUUUCCCCUCUUUGAUGCUGGGGGAAGAAAAUCCCAAUGUGAUUUUGAACAGAAAUGUUGCAUUUAAAUCAUUCUAGGUUCUAUGAGACAGAAUUUCCGCAUUGUCAAAAUUGCGUUGCUUUUUUAUGCGAUACAGGAUAAGUCUGAGAAGAAUAUUCAUGCUAUGAUAAUGCAUACAUGUAAAUCUAAACUAAAUCUAUUCUUCUUGGAACCAUAUAUCUACAACUGCUUUAACGCGAGAUUUUACAAAUCAAGUUCCUCCAGUAUAUCUUCGUUUUCCUCAGUCGAGGCGUACUUAAUCAGUUUCAGCUUCAAGGAUGUAACGUGUAACCCCCCCCCCCAAUUUCUCUACGGAUUUAGCCUUUUUCAGAUAAUUUUUUUUGCGAUUGGGUGGGCCCCCCUGGCUACGCCACUGCAUCAAUAAGGAUUUUGAUUACCUACAUGUAGAAGGUCUGUCCAAAUAGGUCAAUUAUGCAGCUUACAGGCAAUUCAGUUAUCCACCACCCACAUAUACCUGGUAGGUUGGAUAAAUAUGUCUAUUGUUAAGUUAUUACAUGCCAGAGGCAUGUAUGGGCCUUUGGACUAUGUAACUUUGAUUUCAAUCUAAACUUCAUAAAGGAAGUUAUUGAUAUGUGUUUAUUAAUACGAAUUUUGUAAUAUUGUAUGGUUACCGUAUGCAAAAUAUCAAGUUGGUAAAAGCUUUGUCUACUUUUAAUGCUAUUAUCUCAUACCCCUCAUUUCCUCAACCUCGAUAAUUCCACACAGUAUAUCACAAAAACCUCAUAAAAUAAUAAUUACAAUAUAUAAAUAUAUUUAUGUACCAAUGUUUUAUUGAUUUUUUUUAAACAAAAGUCAAAGAAGUUGCAAGACUGGUUCUUGCAGAAAGUGCAUGAAAAUAUUAUAUGCAUACGACCCCUUCUUCUAUGAUGUAAAAAUCCUAAUGUUGUUUGUUUUCUUAAUCUUUAAUUGCAGUUUCAUGAGAACGACUUUGUUUUGAGAACAAAAGAUGGCCAUGAUAAGCAAUGUGAUGAAGUUUUGACACAUGGAGAACACUUCAGUAAAACAUAUGGCAUUAAUCGCAAACCAGUUCUUAACGAAAGCAAAUAUUACCAUGUUAUUGGAGGUCUACCAGCAGACAUUAUGCAUGACAUAUUGGAGGGAGUUUUGCAGUAUGAAGUCAAGGAACUGUUGAAACAUUAUAUCAAAGUAGAACAUCUUUUUACACUAGAACAUCUCAACCAUCAAAUUGCCAGCUAUGAUUUUGGGUAUUAUAAUGAAAAGAACAGGCCAUCUCAAAUUACUGAAUUGAAGUUAUCAUCAGCCGAUAACAGUUUAAGGCAACACGGUAAGAGUUAACCAGUUACCAUGUGAAGCUCUAUGGUUGAAUGAGACUUAUUUAACUAUCUAGCACCAGCUAAUUGUAUUUACUUUUAGGGUAUAGCACUGUAGGCAACUUAUAUUUAAUAUAUAUUCAUCAGUGGCGUAGCUAGCGGUCCUGCUUGUCCUGCCCGGCAGGACUAAAAAUUUCCCCAAAUUUUCUUACUAAAAUAUUACUUUAUUUACCUUGAAGCUUUAAAAAUAUGUUAUUAUUAUACUGUUAUUUUGUAUGAUUUUCUCGUCUUUUUCGUUAUUAUUUUUUAAAAGUUUUCCGUAUUCUAUUACAUUUACGCAAUUUUACAGCUUGCCGUGUCUGUUACCUAGCAACUGCAACUCUAUAAAAGCUCAUUUCCGGGCAAUAUAUUGAUUUACACGAGCUCGUGUUUCAGUCCUGCCAUUUGAAAAUGGCAGGACUUGCUAGUAUAUUUCAUAGUAAAUUCAUACAAGAAAUCUUGCUUUCUGAUUGGGUAAUUAGAUCUGCGCAUGCUCAAACCGGCUGUUUACAAAUGCGAAGUCCUGCUCUCUCGAAAUGGCAGGACUUGGCCUUGUAUUGUCUUUACUUGCGAGCUUUCCGCGUGAUUAAACCCACUUUUUACUAACUUUGUCAAGAUUACUCAAGUGAUGAAUAUGGAAAUCAACCAGCGUGAAAGCCCAUUGUGAUUUGGAUAUAAUUUCUGGCUUCUGCUAAGAUAUCUUAGCUCACGAAAUGCACGUCAACAGACUCGAUCGUGUAUUUUGUGUCGUAUUUUGAUAUAAAGUAUGAACGUAUUUAUAUUUGGCAGUUCAUCUGCUUUAUGCAUUGCUGCCAUUGCAUGAAACGAGGCAUGAAACACGAGCGCUUAUAUGGAGUUUAAAAAUGAUAUAGCUACAAUUUAGAUUUACAAAGUUUAUGUUAUUUAUGUAGAUAUUUGGCCGCAUUUUAAUACACUAUAAUUAUUUACUUUAAACGCUACGGCAAUUUUAUUAUUUUUAAAUACCAUAGCCAUAUGCAUAGCGUAUGGAAUUAUACAAUCAGCGUACCAAGCGUAGUGGUCCGUAGUUGAUACCACUCCGUUUAAGGUUUAUUAAACAUUACUAACAAACGUAGUAAUUUUUUAACGAAUGCUAGCCGUAUAUGUAGUCAUUGUAGUGUAUAUUCAACAGGCGCUACAACAAUUGUUCAGUUACGCAAUUGCACGUUGACCAAGUGAAAGAUCAUAUUACAGACGUGUAUUGGAAAACAUGAUAUUUUCCUCUUACACCGACUUGACUAUAUUUAGCUAAAUUUUUAAGUUGAAAAAUAUAUAGUGAAAUAUGAUAAAUAUGGAAAUACGAUUUCAAAAAGUGACAAAUUUUUUUCUAGAAAAGUAUCUAAUUUUUUUAUGCUGCCUUUGGAGUAUUUUGCCGUGAAAUCGCAGGAAAUGGCCAUUCCAGACUUCUAAAAUUAAAAAUUUUCCGGGGGAGCAUGCCCCCGAACCCCCCUAGAAUGUGUGCGUUUUAGAGCAGGACCUGUCGAAUUUCGCUAGCUACGCCACUGAUAUUUAUUUAUACAUAUAUAUAUUUCUAUUGUUCUAGCUGUGCAGAUGUGGUGCUUGGGAAUCCAUUUGCCUCUAAUGAUUGGUGAUAUGAUUCCAACUGAUGAUGCUCACUGGAACCUUUUCAUAAAAUUACUUGAGAUAAUGUCUAUAUGUUUUUCGCCAACAAUAUCUGCAGAUCAAAUGGCGUACCUGCAAAUCUUGAUCCAGGAUCAUCACAUGGAAUUCUGCAGACUUUAUCCAGAAUGCUCGGUCAUACCAAAGAUGCAUUUCAUGAUUCACAUGCCUACUCUAAUGCUCCGGUAUGUUGCACAUUUUUACUCUCCUUAAUUCGAUCAUACAACAACCUGUAAUUAAGUCAGAAUGUUAAGAAUUAAGGUCUGGCAUGUUCAAAAUUCAACAAGCGGCGACUUGCAUGUGCUAUUAUUUGCGUGGGUAAUACACAGUCAACUAAACAUCCAUGCUACCAUCAAUCGUGUGUUAAAUAUGUUGUAGCCUUAUGCCAAGUACCUUUAUGUUUCAGUCAUGGUCCUCUUCUUCGAGCUUGGUGCAUGCGUUAUGAGGCUAAACAUCAUUACUUUAAACACCUAUCGACGGUCAUUGGAAAUUACAAGAACCUCUCCUACACCUUGGCAAUGCGUCAUCAACACUGGCUCUGUUACAUGCAACAGACAGGCAAUCAUGAGUCCUCAUUCCUUGAAAAAGGAUUAGAAAUACAUUCAGGUAGAAAUUUGAUUCAUACACAUAUAUACCAGCAGCAGUGAAUAUACUGUACUCAAUUGAGUGCUGUAUUUAUUUAUUAUUAAUUUUGUAAAAAUAAUUUAAAGUGCUUCUGUUGUUUUCAAAACAGGUUCCAAAGUUUUUGCUGGUGAUCUUCGAUAUUUUAACGAAUUGCAUCAAAAAGUUGACCAGAUAAAUGAAAUAACUGAAAUCACAAAGUAAGUUUAUUGCACAGGAAUGAAGCUCGUGACGUGCUUAAUUUAUAUGAUUAUUGUAUGUACUCAAUUAGACUAAUUGUAAUCAAUACAAAUUUCCCACCUGCCCUAACUCCUGGGUUCGAUUUCAUCAUGGAGGUGUGACUGCAAUGCAUGUAACUACAUUAAAUGAUCACUGUAUUCUUUAAAGGCCAAAAUCGAUUUCAGUACAUGGAACCACAUACAAAGUUGGAUGUGUGAUGUGGGUUGGGCUUGAUGAGAAAGAGAUGCCAUCCUUUGCACUGGUGAAAGAUAUCUGUGUGGUAGAAACCAACUUAAGUGGUAUAUGGUUUGUAACUGAGGUAUUGCAUACAGCAGCAUUUAGCAAGCACUUCAAUGCAUAUGAAGUAAAUAACACCAAACAUUUAAGUGUUAUAAAACAACAAGAGCUUGUAUAUCCAUUGCCACUCCAUAUCAUCACAAUCAAGGACCAAGAAGAUGAAAAGCAUUUUGUUUGCCCGAAGUACCAGAUUCCAAGUGUCUAA